AUGUGGUCAGGCCCCGCUGAUGCGAGGGGAUCCUGGGAGAAGCUGCAGCAAGUCUGUGCAUUCAGGAGGCUGCAGGAGCUCCAGGCCUACAGCCCUGAAGGAGAGCCUUUCAGGACCUUGAAAAGCACAAAUGUUUCAGGGGUUAUUGCCCUGGUGCUUGCUGCAGGUGAGUUCCUGGGUCGUGCUGGUUCCAGAUCUCUGCACACCAGCCCUGAGCCCAUCACUCUUAGUUUUCAGAUAAAGCAGAGACGGACCCAGGAUUGGGGCUUUUCCUCCCACAGGCCCUCUGCAGAUGGCCAGAAACAGAUGCAGAUGUUUGCUGAUAGUCUCAGAUAG